AUGGAGUUAACUCCUGGUGCCAAGGCUGUUUCGGCUGACUUCAAAGCUCUCAGUCAUUCGGAUCGGCUACAGGCAAUGAAUGCGAUCCUCCAGAGCCUAUCCAACAGUGAGCUGCGAGAAGCGAAAGACUUUUUGGAUCCUCUGAAGUUCCAAAAGGAUAUUUGGGGAUCCUUGCCUACAGAGCUUAGGGAUAUUGUCGUAACAGGCUUGGAAUUGAGCGAUAUUUUUGUACUAAGAAGAGUGUGCAAAUCAUGGAACGAAAAAUUGUCCUCCCCGGCGUUGCUGCAAACCGCAUACUUGAAUGCAACAGCCAGCGAACAACCCGUCUUGGAUACUGUAUCCGACGAGCAUAUCAUCAAAAGGUUCAAGAGAAGAAUCAGAGCUGAACAAGGGCGACCUGUCACUACGGCCCAACUAUCGGUCUCCCCAAAUCUUCAGGAUCUGAACGGGGACCAAAUUUCCUAUGCUAAUGGAAAUCUUGCCCGGGUUGACAUGACGACAGCUGAAACCUCUAUAUGUCUUGUGCAUUUAAGAACUGGCGAAAGAAGACAAUUUACCACGGAGAAUCGGGAGAACUUACGUGCUGCCCGCGUAUCCGAUACUUUGGUCGCGGCGAUAUCUUUGCGAGGGAUUUGUCAUAUCUGGGAGAUUAUGACCGGAGUUCACAAGUCUUUCCGCCUUACCUCCUUGCAAUUCAAUCACUUCCUGGUGCAUGGAGUCAAAGUGAUGGUGAGCUAUGAGGACAAAAUCCUUCAUUUCUGCUUCGCCACUGGCGUUACUCGUACAAUCAUAGUCGAGGGACGUAUCUGUUCGGCAUCUCUACACAAAAGUGACGAUCAAGUAUCUAUCGUGUGCCUCCGCGACAGGAAUGCUCCUACAGCUGUUCUAAACCGAGCAGGCCAUUACCUGCAGGUUGAGAAGUAUACUGUUGACGGAGAUUCAUUUGUCAAUACAUUGUCCCGCUACGAACAGCUUCCUUUUCGAGAUGAUGAAUACGAACGACCCCGACCCGAAGAGAAUUUCAAAGUAUCCCAAGGCCAAAUUUCUCUGAGAUUUUACCCUUAUGAUGCAGAAUCCUGCCCUUGUCUCUACCUUUCACUUACAAACGACGACCAAAUAGCAGUACAUCGCAUGCCAAUCCUGCCAGGAUAUCUCCAGAGUAUGAAUAUUGCAUGGUUUGACCAGGGCUUGGUAUACUUUACACCGUACCAAGCCGACAAACACCAUUAUGCUGGCAUUGGGCGUACACGCUUGAUGAAUCCCAGCUUCUCGGAGACUCUGUCAUAUGAAAUCACUCCCGUACCCCGGCUGUCUGUUCUGAGACAACCAGAUACGGUUUAUGGCAUAUGGGCCGGUGAUGGAUUUUUUUUAUAUGCUACGUCUGAAAGAAUUCUGGUGUGGUGCUUUGAUGAAGAUUGGAAGCCUUCCGGUGCGCUUUCACGGGGUCCAGAGGAAACUCUCGAGUCUAUGAGAGCAGCCCACAGAGCUCAGCAACAUCAAGACGCUGAGUAG